UUAAUAUGCGUGUGUAAUUAUGCAAAAACUAUAUAUAGAGGAAAAGUGUUGAGUGUGUAAAGAGUAGGUAUUUAAGAAGGAACCGAAAGCGCUGGUUCACACACACGAGUAGUCUCGCUUGAACCACAGACAAGAAACGUUUCUCUGCAGAAUUGAAUGUUUGUUAUAAUGUUCGUCACAACACUGUUGCUGAUAUUGAUAUCGCUGUUGCUAUAUAUGGGUUGCCGUAAACCGAAAGGAUACCCGCCAGGUCCGGGAUGGUGGCCCGUUUUAGGCAGUUUGCUAGAAGUGAAACGCAUCCGCGAAGAAACGGGUAAUUUGGUUGAGACUUUUUCAACGCUGAGUAAGAAAUACGGUUCUGUUGUGGGAUUGAAAAUCGGCAACGAUCGCAUCGUUAUUUUAAACGAUUUGAACAGUAUGAAGGCGAUGCUGAUGAACGAGGACUGCGAGGGCAGACCAAACGGGCCAAUUUUCAAAAUCAGAACUUGGGGUCUUAGGAGAGGUUUACUACUUGUAGACGAACAGUUCUGGAUAGAGCAACGGCGAUUUGUUCUUCGCCAUCUAAAGGAAUUUGGGUUUGGUCGAGCCAACAUGACUACGAUAAUCGAAAACGAGGCGCUUAAACUGGUGCAACAUUUCAAGAAAAUGCUGGAGAACAGUCGCAAUUACGACAGUAAAAAAUCUGUAACUUUAAUCAGCGAAAACUACAACAACCGAAUAUACGAAUUGCGACAGAACUCGAAGAACAAGCUGAUGAUGAACAAGUCGCGCGACAAGUUCGACGUGAACGAGAAUGAGAUUUCCGAUCGUAAGCCUCGGGCCGUGUCGGACCUCUAUGUGAAGUUUAAUGACUACGAGACGGCCGAGAGAGUUUCUCGUUCAGACGAAAUGAUCGUACGUAUGGACGACGCUUUCGGAGUAACCGUAUUGAGCACUUUGUGGAAUAUGAUGGCCGGCAGAAGCUUCGAUCCCGUCGACAAAGAACUCACCCAUCUGCAGCGAAUUCUAGGAAAGCUCCUGGGAGAGAUCGACAUGAUCGGCGCGCCCUUCAGUCACUUCCCGAUCUUGCGUUUUAUCGCCCCGGAAAUAUCAGGCUACAACAAAUUUGUCAAAAUUCAUGAGGAACUGUGGACUUUCUUAAAUAAAGAAAUAUGCAAUCAUAAAAAAACAUUCGUACCGAACGCACCGCGAGAUAUGAUGGACGUCUAUCUCGCUAUGUUGAAUUCUGAUGAAUGUAGCGAUACGUUCUCAGAAUCCCAGCUGUUGGCAAUCUGCAUCGAUUUCUUCAUGGCGGGUUCGGAGACAACUUCAAAAACGCUCGGUUUCGGAUUCCUGGGUCUGAUGUUGCAUCCGGAAGUUCAAAAGAAGGCGCACGAGGAAAUAGACAGAGUUCUCGGCAACGACAAAUUUCCUACAUUAGCCGACAGAACGCAAAUGCCGUACAUGCAAGCUAUCGUGUUGGAGGCCUUGAGAGUCUUUGCAGCUCACACGCUUGCUAUUCCCCACAGAUCAUUAAGAAAUACACGUGUCUUGGGAUAUGAAAUACCGAAGGACACGAUGCUUAUUGUUAAUUUCAACGGAGUGCUCAUGGACGACUCAUGGAACGAUCCGUAUAACUUUCGCCCGGAAAGAUUUCUCGACAACGACAACAACAUCGUUACGCCUGAAAAAUUUUUUCCUUUUGGCAUUGGUCGGAGGCGAUGUAUAGGAGAGAUUUUGUCGCGAAGUAAUAUUUUUCUCAUAAUGGUUGCGUUGCUGCAAACAUUUAGCUUCUCCGUGGUUCCUGGUGAACCACGACCGUCCUUACACGACGUCACAGACGGCGUCACAUCUGGUCCGAAACCUUACAAAGCAUUAGUUACCUUAAGAAAACAAUUUUUAUUUAAAUAAUUUGUAUUAUGCGUGAUUAGAAAAAUUAAUUGUUAAUAUA